UCGGAGGCUGGUAUUUUCACGUUAGGAGGGAGACAAGAUGUCGGAAGGUCUAGCGUAUGAUUGGUUUUGAAGAGAAAUCAUUUGGGAUUAAUCGUUAUCUUAUCGAGUUUCAGCCUCGAUUAAAUGAGCGCUAAAGAGUCUUAAAAGGGCUCGAAAACAAUGCAUGGCGAUGUUGCAGACAUGUUAACCACAACACUGUCGAUGCGUUAAGAUGGCGGUUCAAUGUGAAGUCGUAUGUAAAGACGAACUUAAAACCCAAUUUAUGACAAGGGAAGGAAGUUACAAACUCAUGACACUCAGCGAAUACUCCAGACCUAACAGGGUAGGCUAUAAUACCCAAGCUAACACGCCGGUUAAAGUGUCGUUCGUCCAUUUACCAGACCUUAGUGGCAAUGGAGACCGCAUUUGCCUCAAUGUUGGACGUGAAUUGUACGUUUACAUCUAUAAAGGCAUCAAAAAGGCAGCCGAUUUAACAAAACCUGUUGAUAAACGUGUUUAUAAGGGUACUUAUCCGACGUGUCAUGAUUUCAAUCAAGUAACUGUUUCGGCUGAAUGCGUAUCCCUUCUUGUGGGUUUUUCUGCAGGACAGAUUCAAUUAAUUGAUCCCAUUAAGAAGGAGCUUAGUAAAUUAUAUAAUGAAGAGGUAAGUCAAAUUAAAUUUUUAAGUUGAGCUUUUGUUGUAAUUUACUUAUUUUUAAUUUGAAUCCUGAAAUUCUGC